CGAAAAAAUGCUUCUUUUUCAGUAUUUCUCCGCCUCUCGCCUUUUUUUUUUAAGUUUUCAUGGCUAUGGUUCAUAGAGCAACGAGGGCGGCGUCAUUCACAAAGACCCAUUUACUCCCAGUCUCCACCUUCCGCCGCCGGCAACCCCGCCGAACCUAUGUUCAGACUCCUCCAGCCGCCAAGAGGGUUCCUUUCACGGUUUCUGCUAAUGGGAAGUCUUGGGUCGACCCGUAUCACUGGAUGCGCAAAACGGACGACCCGGAUUUCAUCAGCUAUCUCCAGCAAGAGAAUGCAUAUGCCGAGGCUUUCAUGGAGGAUACUCAAGAAAUGCAGAGGACUCUGUACACUGAGAUGGUUUCUAGAAUUCCCUCCAGAAUUUCCACCCCUCCUGAACGAUGGGGUCCCUGGCUAUACUCUCAGUACAUUCCAGAGGGGAAGGAGUUUCCAGUCUUGUGUAGGAAGUUGGCUAAUGAGAAUAAAGGUUGGAUCAGUAUGAUAACCAAUCAUCUUCAAAAAGAAAGUGUCUUACAGAAAGAGGAGAUAUUACUCGAUUGGAACGAGAUAGCUGAAAACUAUGGAUAUGUUCAUGUAGGUACAUGUCGAAUCUCGCCUGACCACAAUUUUCUAGCAUACACAGUUGAUGUUAGCGGCAGUGAGGAGUUCACACUUCAAGUUAAAGAUCUUAAGAGUGGACACAUUCUUCCGAAUCUGAAUGUCAAUGGAGUUGCUAGCUUGGAAUGGGCUGGAAAUGGUCAUACUUUACUGUAUACAUUGAUUGACCAACAACAACGACCUUACAGGCUACAGUGUGUGCAAGUUGGAUCAGAUCGGAUGGAUCAUGUGGAACUGUUCAGUGAAUAUGAUUCAAAUUUCUGUGUGGAUAUUGCACGUACAAAAGAUGGGAAAUUCAUAACUGUGAAUUCUAAUUCCAGGACUUCAUCUGAGGUAUAUAUCAUAAAUGCAACCAAUCCAUACACUGGACUUGCAAAAUUUUGUAAUCGUGUCUCUGGUGUACAAUAUUUCUUGGAACAUCAUCAUGGUGUUUUUUAUGUCCUCACAAAUGCUCGAACAAAUAAUGGUAUGGAGUUGCCAGAAAGUGGAUUUUAUUACUUAGCCAGAGGCCGGGUAGAAAACUUUCAGUCUACCAAUUUGCAAAAAAUCAUUGUACCAAGUGGAGAUAUUUUCUUGAAAGAUAUGGACAUGUUUAAUGAGCAUCUAGUGCUGUACGUCAACAAAGGGGGUUCGUCAUGUAUAUGUUCCCUUCCAAUGAAAAGUAUUGUUAACUGUGAGAAACCAAAUGCCAUUGAAGAUCUUAGUCCAUGGUUCUUUCCUCUCCCCUCAGACAUGUGCUCAGUAGCUCCCGGUUCAAACCAUGAUUUUACGAGUUCAUUAUAUCGUGUGGUCAUCUCAUCUCCAGUGAUGCCUGACACUAUUGUUGACUAUGAUAUGUCUAAGAAAUCAUCCAACAUCGUGAUGCAAGAAGAAUUGGCGAAUAUUUCAAGUGGGCAGAAAUGUGAAACUGGAAAAUUUGGACAAGUAUGGAAAGAUUUCACAGGAGUCUAUGCAUGUGAAAACAAAGAAGUUGUCUCCCAUGAUGGAGUGAGGAUUCCUUUGACUAUCAUUUACUCUCGUAAAGCACACCAAAAAGGUCAAUCUUCAGGUCUUCUGCAUGGGUAUGGAGCGUAUGGAGAUGUUCUGGAUAAAAGCUGGUGUGCAAACCGUCUCUCCCUACUUGAUCGUGGAUGGGUAAUUGCUUUUUCUGAUGUUAGAGGCGGUAAUGGCCCUGAUCCCACGUGGCAUAAAUCUGGGAGUGGAUUACACAAGUUAAACUCCAUCUAUGACUUCGUAUCAUGCGGACAGUACCUUAUUAACCAGGGUUAUGUUCAUACAAAUAAACUUGGUGCUGUCGGAGUUAGUGCCGGAAGUCUUCUUGUCGGGGCAGCCAUCAACAUACAUCCCGGACUUUUUCAGGCUGCGAUUUUAAAGGUUCCUUUUCUUGAUAUAUGCAACACAUUGUUGGAUCCGGCUUUACCUCUCACAGUCUUGGACUAUGAAGAAUUUGGGAAUCCUCAGAUUGAGUCUUACUUUAAUUAUAUUAUGAAGUAUUCUCCUUACGAUAAUAUAUCUCAUGCAUUAUGCUUUCCCUCCACGCUUGUCACAUCUUCAUACAAUGACUCCAGAGUUGGUGUCUGGGAAGCAGCUAAGUGGGUCGCCAAAGUACGGGAUGAAGCGUGUUCAAGGUGUUCUGGUUCACUUGUCCUAAAGACAGAUAUGAGCGGGGGACAUUUUGGCGAAGGAGGGCGUUCUGGCCAUUGUGAAGAAGAAGCUUAUGAAUAUGCCUUUCUGAUGAAGGCUCUCGGCGACAUAUCGAAGUGAACAUUGGGAGAAGCAUGAUGAGGCGAAUGGGUUUGGCAAUUCCGUCGAUCUGGUGCGGCUCGUGCAAGGCGAACAGAAGCAGAGGAUAGUAGAUGGCGAUGAACGGCUCAAAUCAGCAAGUAAUCGGCGGCCAGCAUGAAGCGAAGGAGGAGAGCCCAGGCGAGAAGUAUGUGGGACGAGGAGAGUUGCACGAGAUUCGAAUAGGCCAGAUUUCGAUCGACAAUGGAAGUUCAAUUAGAGUGGUACCAAUGAUACGGCCUCCUCCUGAACCACUGUCAUGGGUUGUACGAUGUGCUAGAGUCUGUGAUAGUUUUCGUAUUAGUUAUUAUUAUUUUGUCAUUUGGUUUCUUAUUAUCAUUUUGGUUGUUAGGUCUAUCAAUUUGUUUGGGAUGAUAGCCUUUUUUUAUUUUGUCUAUACUCUAGAAUCUAGGACAGGUGAUGGGGAACUUAAAUUUGGCUCAUGUAAGCCCAAUUUAGGAUCAGCGAAUCUGGGUGUUUCAUUAGAGGUGGUAGAUUUUAAGUCUGGUUCAAGGGCAGACGGUAGACUAUAUGUUCUUUGUUGCUUAAGUUCUUUCUUAUUAAUAUAAGCCACCUGCUUCCAAAAAAA